AUGGCUUUCUUUUUGAAACUGUUUAUUAUCAUAUCCUUGUCGACAAUAGUUACAGCAACGUCAUUGAGCUCAACAAAAACCCUAGCAUCACGUUUAGAAUUAUUUGAUGGAAGUGGCCCCAACAACAAAUGUUGGGAGACAAUGUUGGAGCUUCAACAUUGUACUGGUGAUAUUGUUACAUUUUUCCUUAAUGGUCAGACACAUCUUGGAUCUGGUUGUUGUAAUGCUCUUCUUACUAUAGCUCAAGAAUGUUGGGGAAAUUUGCUUACCUCGUUGGGUCUCACGGUAGAAGAAGCUGAAAUUCUACGUGGCUUUUGUGCUCGUGUUGCCUCUGUUAACAAUUCUCUUUUACCAUCUAUCACUGUUGAUGCCCCUUCACCUGCACCUAUCAACAAUUAUUGA